CAUUCCUUAAAUGAGGGGCUUACAGCUAAAGUUGUAACCGGAAGUCGACCUUUUCGUCCCGGUUAACUUGACAGCCGAGUCUCCAGAGACAGAUCGGCACCGGCCAGUGCGGUAGGUUCAGGGGAGAGAGUUGGUGACUCCACCGGGACUGGGAAGCUUCUUGUGGAGGAGGACGGGCUUUCUCCUCCCUCUCGGUAUCAGCAGGAGCUUCACAACAGGCAGCAGCGUCUGUUCAGACAAAGAAGGAGUUUGUCUUCUUGUUUUUGAAACCACGGUCACUCUUUACCUCACGGUUACGUUAAGGGAUUCGCUUUGUAGCCUCCGGUUCCCUCCGCUGCGCUCGUUUGCACCGAGGAGCCGUGUGUGUGAGCGGACUGACAGUGGAGGACACUGGAGCCGUGCACGUGAAUGGACUGAGGUUCCAGCCAGGCGAGCCGUGCACAUCAGACCUACUCUGCAGCAUCGAUAACACCUAUAUCACCGCGCAGCAGCAGCGUGCAGUGACAGGGAUCCUUUCUGAUGUUUCCCCGCACCAGACAGUGAAGGAAACGCUCGGAGGGGAGGAGGAGAGGAGGGAUAUAUGGGAGAUCUCUUGGAUUUUUAUCACCCCAUCGUUGCAAACUUGUGUCCGGGAUGGGAAAGGAGCAGGAGCUGCUGGAAGCCGCCCGGACCGGGAAUGUCGCCGUGGUGGAGAAAUUGUUGAGUGGGAAGAAGGGGAUACUGGGGUCCGGCUCCGGCUCCAUCCCUCUGCCCAGCCUGCUGAGCAUGUGGAAGGGCCUGAAUGUUAACUGCACAGACAGCUCAGGAUACACACCUUUACAUCAUGCUGCACUCAACGGACACAGGGAGGUGGUGCUGAAGCUGCUUCAGUUUGAGGCAUCUACAAAUGUGGCUGACAGCAAGGGUUGCUUCCCUCUGCACCUGGCUGCCUGGAGGGGAGAUGUGGACAUUGUUCGCAUUCUCAUCCACCACGGACCCUCGCACUGUCGUGUCAACCAACAGAACCAUGAGAAGGAAACAGCACUUCACUGCGCAGCCCAGUACGGACACACUGAGGUGGUUUCAGUGCUGCUCCAGGAGCUGACUGACCCCACCAUGAGAAACAGCCAACAGGAGACACCUCUGGACCUGGCCGCGCUGUAUGGACGGUUGCAGGUGGUGCGCAUGCUGGUGAGCGCUCACCCCAACCUCAUGACCAGCCACACUCGGCGACACACUCCGCUUCACCUGGCUGCACGUAAUGGACACUACAGCACGGUCCAGACACUCCUUGAGGCUGGCAUGGACGUCAACUGUGUGACUGAGAAUGGCAGUGCCCUCCAUGAGGCAGCCCUCUUUGGGAAGAUGGAUGUAGUUCGCCUCCUGCUCGGCUCAGGAAUCGAUACCAAUCUCACGGACAGUCAAGAGAGAACGGCUCUGGAGAUUCUGAGAGAACAUCCUGCACCGAAAUCCCAGCAGAUCACUGCUCUUAUCCAAGAGUAUAUGACGGAUGAAAUGGAGAAGAGAAGUAUCAUGGAGGAGCCUGUUCGCAAGUGUCCCGUCCCUGCACCUCGAACCUGUGUCCCCUCGCCCUCUGCCUCCCCUUCCCUCAGACACAAGAAUGAUGCUGUGACAAGUGAGUUGUCCAAACUGCUCCAUGAGAUCAAAAAGUGCCGGGACAGAGAUUACUCCUUCGAGGAGCUCUGCCAUACCAUCUCCUCCCACUCCAUGGACACCUUUUGCAACAGGCGUCUUUCUGAUGAGGAGCACCCAGAUCGACUCAACGGCAGCCUGACUCAAGUCAGCAAGCGGCCAACCCCGCCUCUUGCCACAGCCCCAGAGGACGAUGAGACCGAAAAAGGUUGCGGCCCCACUGGACUCUGGGAAGCCCUGACCCCCUGCAAUGGCUGCCGCAACCUUGGCUUCUCCAGCCCCUCACAGCGUUCAGCAGAGAUUGUCACCUCUCCAUCCCUGGAUGUUUUCCUGCCAGAAGAUGAGGACAACCCAUACGAGUCUGUGACCACCGCUGUCACACGCAAACCCUGCUCACUCGAUAUCAACCGGCCUAACACCUGUCCACGCAAUGGUUGUCACAGCAACUGCAUCACCUGCUGGUGUUCCAAUCAGCUCAGCUACAGUAGGUUUUAACCAGACUGCAGUAACAAAAAGCCUUGCAGGUGCCAAGCAGUUUUUCUGCCAUCGACCUACUCCU